CACGGGGUCCAGCAUUCAAACUGACCAGCGCGUGCCUCUGAGCGCACCCACCGUCCUCUCUGCAUAUCCGCCACCGCGCAGCCUGCAGCUGACCACGGAGCCGGUGCCCAGAAGAAGAGGAAGAGGAAGAGGAGGGAGGAGGUGAUGUGCAGCUCACUGUGACCGUUGCUUCAACAAGGGUUUGAGCCUCUUCCCAGGCCGAGACGUUCUGCCCACCAUCCGACAUCAAAAGCAACAAGCUGCUAACCUUCCUGCCCCGACGCCUUGCUCUCCUUCAGACCCAGUGCCAUGGCCUUUACCCUGUCAGAGAUCAUGGCGGCCAGACGGCAGCAGUCGCAGGCCCAGUCGCACGCCCAGCGAGGCAGCAGGACAGCGGUGGAAGUGGAUGAAUACAGCACCAACCCCACUCAGGCCUUCACCUUCUACAAUAUCAACCAGGGACGCUUCCAGCCACCACACGUCCACAUGGUGGACCCGAUGCCCCAUGACACGCCCAAGCCGCCGGGCUACACCCGCUUUGUGUGCAUCUCGGACACGCACUCCCGCACCGACAGCAUCCAGAUGCCAUACGGAGACGUGUUCAUCCACGCUGGAGACUUCACUGAGCUGGGUCUGCCCUCAGAGGUCAAGAAGUUCAACGACUGGCUAGGUACCCUGCCCUACGACAUCAAAAUAGUAAUUGCCGGAAACCACGAGUUGACCUUUGACCAGGAGUUUAUGGCUGACCUGAUCAAGCAGGACUUCUACUACUUUCCUUCUGCCUCCAAGUUGAAGCCGGAGAAUUAUGAGAAUGUCCAGUCGCUGCUCACCAACUGCAUCUAUCUGCAGGACUCCGAGGUCACCGUGCGAGGCUUCAGGAUCUACGGCUCCCCCUGGUGA